GCUGGUGAUGUGCUGCUCUCUGGAAAUGAAAAGAUAACUAUGCAGAAUCUGAAUGACCGUCUGGCUGUGUACCUGGAAAAGGUACGAGCACUGGAAGCGGCAAAUUUGGAUUUAGAAGUUAAAAUCCGAGACUGGUAUCAGAAGCAAGGUCCCACCAGCCCAGCCCGGGACUACACCAAUUAUUACAAGAUAAUUGAAGAUCUCCGAGACAAGAUCCUUGCAGCUACCAUUGACAAUUCCCGGGUCAUUCUGGAGAUCGACAAUGCCAGGCUGGCUGCCGAUGACUUCAGACUGAAAUAUGAGAAUGAGUUGUUCCUGCGCCAGAGCGUGGAGUCGGACAUCAACGGCCUGCGCAGAGUCCUGGAUGAGCUGACUCUGUCUAGAACUGACCUGGAGAUGCAGAUUGAAACACUGAAGGAGGAGCUGGCUUAUCUAAAGAAGAACCACGAGGAGGAAAUGAAAGAGUAUUCAAACCAGCUAAGUGGAACAGUCACCGUGGAAAUGGAUGCGGCUCCCGGCAUCGACCUGACCAGAAUUCUCUCUGAGAUGAGGGAACAGUAUGAAGCUCUGGCUGAGAAGAACCGUAAAGAUGCUGAGACUUGGUUCUUCACUCAGCUGACCCGCGAAGUAGCCACCCAUACACAACAGAUACAGACUGGCAAAUCCGAGAUCACGGAGCUGAGACGCUCAGUCCAGAGCCUGGAGAUUGAGCUCCAGUCGCAGCUGAGCACGAAAGCUGGACUGGAAGCCAACUUGCGAGACACAGAAGCACGAUACUGUGCACAGCUGGCACAGAUUCAGGCCCUCAUCACCAGCGUUGAGGAGCAACUGAGUGAACUUCGAAGCGACAUGGAGCGUCAGAACCAGGAGUACAGAAUGCUGAUGGACAUCAAAAGUCGCCUGGAGCACGAAAUCGCCACGUACCGCCAGUUGCUGGAGGGCCAGGACUCUCAGCUGACAGUGAACCCUAAGGAUGCUUCAUUUGUGAGCAGUGGAAGAGUUCGCGCGGCCGUGUAA